AUGAUCAAUACCCAUAUCGACACCGUGAGUUUGAAUAGCUAUGAGUUCGAGAGUCUCUUUGGACACACGAUGGAAAAGGAUGGAAGCCUUGUUAUCUUUGGCAGGGGCGCAUUGGACAUGAAAUCCGGUCUCGCUGCGGAAAUGGCAGAUGUCGCGGCGAUCAAGAAAAAUCAGGUAACUCCCUUGCACGGAGAUGUCAUACUCGCAGCGGUCUCGGAUGAAGAAGACGCGUCUCAAGGAACUCAAGAUCUUAUCGCUGCCGGCUGA